AUGGAAGCAAUUACCAGCUUCUCUUCAAGACGCCCGGCUGCAGGCUCGCUUCCCGCGUUUUCGCUUCCUCCUCCCAACGCCGACAUCCCAAGAACCGACCUGAGCAGCCCAAACCUCUCAGUCCACACAGGCAGCUCUCAGACUUCACACCAUCACUCCAGCAUGUCGAAUUACAACUUUGGUGGCAGCAUGCCCGGCGGCAGCUCUUGGAGCAACAACGCCAGCAACGCCAGCAAUGGCAACCAUGGCAGCACCGACAACGGCGACAACGCCAGCGGAGGCUAUCCGCAGCAGUCUUCCCAGGGUCCUCCCGGUCCUGCUCAGGGCAACAACCCCCAGGGCAACCAUCACGGCCUGCCUCAGGGACAACAGCCUCUCCCCAACUCGCCUUACGCCCGCGGCCCCAUGUACGGCAGCACCAACAACAUGUUCAACCCCAGAACCGCCGCCGCCGAUGUCCUCCAGCCGCACUCUCCCUUUGACCAGACCCAGCAGCACUACGCCUCCCACGAUGCCCACGCCAUGGCCUCGACGGCGUCCCACCACUCGGCCAUCAUGGCCACGUCGCAGCCCAGCAUGCAGCCUUCGCUCGGCGCUCACUCGGAUGCCUACACCCACGUCGCCCACAGCCGCCCCAACAGCAACCCAGGCUACUACGCCUCGUCAGGCCCCUCGCAGUUCGCCUCGUAUCCUCCGGCGCAGCACUCGCCCACCCAGGCCUCUCCCUCGAUUCCCAGCCCCGGCGCCCGCGGCAUGGGCUCGCUUCCCAGCAACAUGCACAGCUACCGCCACCCGUAUCAGUCGUAUGGCCAGCCCAUGAACAUGAGCGGCCCCGUCAUGUCCAACAUGCACCAGCCCGGCGGUCAAAUGUCCAUUGUUCCCGGCAUGAACCACCACCACCAGGGCUACGGCAGCCAGAUGAUGUACAACGGACACCACUCGGCCCCUGCUCCUCAGUCGGAGCGCCCCUUCAAGUGCGACCAGUGCAUCCAGUCCUUCAGCCGCAACCACGACCUGAAGCGUCACAAGCGCAUUCACCUGGCUGUCAAGCCCUUUCCCUGCAACUUUUGCAGCAAGUCCUUUUCUCGCAAGGACGCUCUCAAGAGACAUCGCCUUGUCAAGGGUUGCGAGAACAAGAACGGCGAGCAGGACGAACGCAAGCGUGACUAG